AUGAGCAGCCAAUCCCUCCCUGCCCGCAGUGCCAAUGGUAGCAGCAAUGGCGACAACAAGACGGUCCGCGACGAACGCAUCGUCCCACCCAUGGGCAUGACGUCGCAUCAGUUCAACAAUGCAGCAACGGAGGCCAUUCAGGAUAUCACAAACUACUACGACAACAUAAGCGAACGCCCUGUCCUUCCUUCGGUCGAACCUGGUUACCUCGCGAAGCUAUUACCUCAAUCGCCGCCUACCGAAGCCGAGAGCUGGGACAAGAUCCGCGCAGACAUGGAGUCCAAGAUCAUGCCCGGCAUGACACAUUGGCAGAGUCCAGACUUCAUGGCCUUCUUCCCCGCCAGCAGCUCGUACCCAGGUAUGAUGGGAGAGCUGUGGUCAGCAGCGUUGACUGUGCCUGCCUUCAAUUGGCUCUGCUCGCCCGCCGUCACCGAACUCGAGACGAUAGUCAUGGACUGGGUCGCCCAAAUGCUCGCUCUCCCCGAGUGCUUCCUCUCCAAGGGCAAAGGUGGUGGUGUCAUUCAGGGUUCCGCCUCUGAGGCCAUUGUCACCUGCAUGGUUGCAGCACGCGAACGCUACGUUACAAGAACCCUCGAGAAAGAAGGCAUUGUCCUCACUGAGGAACAAAAGGAGGAUCGCUCUGCGGAAAUCAGGAGUAAACUCGUUGCUCUGGCCACCAAACAUACUCACAGCUCCACCCACAAGGGUGCAAACAUUGCCGGCACAAGAUUCCGUAGCAUUGACACCUCGCUGUCUAACGCAUUCGCCCUCCAAGGCCACGAACUUCGUUCCACUAUCGAGAAGCUAAAGGCACAAGGCCUCGAGCCCUACUUCUUGACCGUAUCGCUGGGAACAACAAACACUUGUGCUGUCGACGACUUUGCCUCUAUCGCCGAAGUCAAGAGAGAUUACCCUGACAUCUGGAUUCACGUCGAUGCCGCAUAUGCUGGCGUUGCUCUGGUACUGCCCGAAUACCAACAUUACUGCAAACACUUUUCCACCUUUGAUUCCUUCGACACAAACAUGCACAAAUGGCUGCUUACCAACUUCGACGCCUCAUGUUUGUUCGUCCAGAACCGUUGCGAUCUGACAGAUGCACUAUCCAUCACACCGGCCUACCUACGCAAUAACUUCUCAGACCAAGUCUGGUUCGUCAUCAGGACAUGGGGAGUUGAAGGCUUAAAAGCACAUAUCAAACACCAUCUCAAGCUUUCAGAUCUCUUUGUCGACCUCGUCAAGGGUAGAAGCGAUCUCUUCGGCAUCAUCACACCACCUGCUUUUGCUCUUUGCGUCAUGACAGUAAACCCAACACUCAAGCAGCGCGCCCCCAAACCUUCAACCACAGAAGGUGAACCCGAUGCAGAGAACGGUGUUCCCUACCAAGACUCUCACAUUGCCGUUAUUCCUCAACAACCCGAUUCGGAAGUUUUGGAGCAGGCAAAUGCGAAUACGAAGAAGGUGUAUGAGAUUGUGGAUCAGAGCAAGAAGGUAUUCUUGACGAGUUCUUUGGUUGGUGAUGCGUAUGCUAUUCGUGUUGUUAGUGCAAAUCCGUUGGCUAGUGAAGAGGGUAUUAGAAAGGUAUUUGGGUUGCUUGUUGAGGCUGCGGAGAGUGUGCUUGAUGUUAGGAAGUAG